GACGAGAAAAUCUUCCUGAGUACAAUGGGAAGGUAAUGGGUGUAGAGAGCAGACGGAGGCCCAUUUUGACAGACACUUGUUGCUUAUCCUGGCCAGCCUGAGAAAGCAGUCUUCUGUUCUGUUGAAGAUGCAGUGUGGUUUGAUCUUCGCCUUUGCCCUUCUGUUCCGCUUCAUGUCAUGUGGAGAUGCCGCUUGGAUCCAUGAAAAGGAAGCAGGCUCCCUAGACUGGCACUAUGCCAGGCUCGGAGCACCUACAGUCAUCCUGGCCUGCCCGAUCCCCGAAGGAGUGUCUGAGGUGGAAUGGAAGGUGAAUGGCACAUCAAGAGGUGUUUUGGCCAGAGGGAACAGCGACCUGGUUGUGCGGAACGCCAGCCUGGACCAGGAGGGGACGUACAGCUGCCACAAAGCCACCACUGGGGAGACCCUGCACAGGGUCCACCUGAAGCUGGGCUACCCUCCCGAGAAACUUUCCAUCCAGUGCCGCUCUGUCAGUUACUCAUCCAUCAAUUGCUCCUGGGCUUUGGGAACAGAGCCACACUUGGGCACCUCUUUCUUCUCCACAUACAGGCACGGCAUGCAAGGAGAGGAGUUUGAAUGCGUCCAGCCUGAUUCUGGGGCCAACAGCUGCUCCAUCUCCAACGUGGAGAUGUUCUCCACCUAUCCUUACAUGCUGAACGUAACUGCGGUGAACCCUCUUGGGAUGGUAACAGACAUCGCCUAUGUCUUCCUGGACCAGAUUCUCAAGCCUGACCCCCCAGAAGACCUCAAGUUCUCCCCAAUCCCUGGGAACAGACGGAAGCUGCUUUUGGAAUGGAAGCCCCCCAGCUCCUGGAUGUACUCUGAAUAUUUCCCUCUCCGAUACUUGAUCCGUUACUCGAGGAAUGGAGUCAACAACAGCAACAUGGCCAGGCCAACAGAGCAAACCACCUUAGUGCUGACUGGGAUCCGUCCAGGAGCAACAUACACUGCGUGGGUGGCAGCCAAGGAUUCGCUUGACAUCGGCCAGUACAGCGACUGGAGUUCUCCAGCAAUGGGGACACCCUGAUUCCAGCGCAAAGGGCUUUGAGAGGGUAAGGAUGGCCUUGCUUCUGCAUACCCACCUGCCACAUUUCUGGCCAAAGCUGCUCACCUGAUCCUGCAUCACAUACAGCAAUCAGAUAUUGAUUUCCACAUGAAACUCUUUUCUUUUUUAUUCCUUUUUGUUUUGUGCAGAUAAUGUCAAGUAUCUAUCCCCUAAGGUACCAGGAAUAACUAACUUUUCCCUUUCAUGUGCCAGAUGAGUCCAUGAAAUUCUUCUCAGUAUUUCUUAUUCCCAGCAAGUGGAACUGAAGGGCAGCUUCAUCUACUCUGGGAAGCAAACUUGUCUUUAUUUUUAAUGAAAUAAAAUUCAUCCAGCCACUUUUAAGCAAA